UAGCUCAGCUGGGCACUCCUUUUACUCUUUCUCCACCCCCCUCCACUGCCUGGCAACAGCGCGGGUUCCUAUGACGCGUUAAAAAGGAGACUCCAGCACCACUAAACGCUACGACUCUACAACUCCUCCAAACAUGGACAAGCUGCUCGGCAAGGCAGUCGAGAAGGUGUUCGGCGACGACGACGAACGUCCCGAGGGACACCAGGGCGGCGGCAACAUGGCCCACGGCGGCGCUUACCCCGCCGGCGGCGGCUACCCGCACCCUGGCGACGACGACCUGCAUGGUGCUGCCUCGGCCGCAGCCAGCCACGCGCCGGAAGACGAAGACUUCUUCUCCAACGUGAUUGGCAAGCUGCUCCAGAAUAAGUCAAUGUCGCAGGUCGCCGAGGAAGACAUUGACGAGGAGGACGCAGUCCAAUCCCACCGCAAAUUCUUCGGCUCGUCCUCCUCCUCCCACCACGAAGAGCAAGCCUCCUCCUCCAGCCUCGGCAGCGCGGCGGCCAUGCAGGCGCUCAAGCUCUUCACCUCGUCCAGCGCGUCGCCGAGCGGGCACAACCAGAGCCAGAACGCGCUGGUCGGGCUGGCGAUGGCCGAGGCGUCCAAGCUGUUCGACGCGCAGGCGUCGCAGGGCCGGGUCGCCGCCGGCGCGGACAAGCAGAGCGCCGUCAUGAAGGCGGGCGAGAUGGCGCUCAAGAUGUACCUCAAGAGCCGCGGCCUCGGGGGCCAGGAAGGGGGCGCGGGCGGGCUGGGCGGGCUGGUGGCGCUGGCGGGUAAAUUUGUGUGAACUCGCUAACGGGGCGAGGGAGCCUGUAUGUGGCUGAAUUGGAUUCUGGCCUUGCUUUACAGGUGACUUUCUAUUGCGGCUUGCUCUGUAUUCAAUGAGGUGGUUUACUGAUUGAGAGCUGGGGCUGCUUAAGAUCGGCACCCCUAAAAGCCCCUGAACCCCAUUACCAGUUACUCCCCUUU